GCGCCAUGGCCGAGCGCGGCGCUGCGGGCGGCCCCUGGAAGCGGCACGUCCUCCGGCAGCUGCAGCGGCGCGACCGGCGCACGGCCCAGACCUAUAACAAACUCCUGGAAAAAUCCUUCAUGCUGGGCGCCCGCAAGCUCCGCGCGGAAUCGUUGGCUCUCCGGAUGGAACUUCCCGCCAGGUCAGUCCCAGAGGAGCCCGCAGACUCCGUGGGGGGUGAAGUCCUGGACUCAGCCCAAAUGCUGGAGUGCCUGAAAAGGAGCUACGAGGAGCACAUUGUGGAGUUGCAACGGAUCAAUGAGGAACUGACCUGCGAGAUGAUGGAACGGAACACGAUCCUCAAGGCAAAGAAAACCGCCCUGGCGGAACAGAGCAACAGGUUGGCUUCCGUGAGCGGACAGUUUUUCGAGAUGGAGGCCACGCGUCGGCAGCUGAAGGACCAGGUGGAAGAGCUGAGCCGCAAGAACGCCGCCGUGAAGGCCGAGUGCGAUGCCUUGCGCGAGCGCUACCGGCGCCAAGACCUGGAGUUCCGCUGGGCGGCAGAGAGGGGCCUGGAGCUUCUCAAAAGCAUCAUGCGGAUGAAGGUGGAGGCUGCCGAGCAUCGGAAUGAGAAGAAUGAGAGGGUGAAGCAAGGCAGGCUGUCCAAGGAGCUGAAGAAGGCCACCAGGAAGCCCGUCGACAUUGGGAUAGAACCAGAAGAAGGGAAGGAAGAAGAGCAGAAGAUGGCCAGGACUGCAGUCCCCAAGCCGGAGAGCCGUGAGAAGCCGUGGAGAAGGCCCUUUAGGUCUGCCUCCGCCACCUCCAUGACUCUCACCCGAUACGUGGAUGUCUUCAAGGGUAUGUUUGAUUUCAGGCUGAAGCGCGGGAAUUCGGUCAGCAGUCCUUCCGAGGACCACUACUGCCGCCUGCCUUCUUGUGUGGCCGCUUGCCUCCCCUCCGUCGUGAGUGACACCAAGGAAGCCCACCUCUCCGAGAUCAACGCUGUCAAGUUCAGCCCCAGUUCAAACAUGGUGGCCACGGGUGGAACGGACAGGCUCGUCAGACUGUGGAGCGUGGCUGGAGGUCGCCUUGAGCACAUGCAGAUGCUGGAAGGAGCUACUGGGGGCAUCACCAGCCUCGACUUCGACCCGUCGGGAUAUCACCUCUUGGGCGCUUCCUACAACAACGUGGCUCAGCUGUGGAAGAUUGGAGACGGAAAGUGCCGCGAGAUCCUCACCGGUCACGCAGACAAGGUGACGGCGGCCAAGUUCAGGUCCACCCGGCACCAGGCGGUGACAGGCAGCCGAGACCGGACGGUGAAGGAGUGGGAUUUGUGCAAGGGAGCAUGUUCCAGAACCAUCAACGUCUUCUCCUAUUGCAACGACAUCGCCUGCUGCGACACCGUCAUAAUCAGCGGACACCACGACAAGACGAUCCGGUUCUGGGACAGCAGGGAGCCCGGCUGCACGCAGGUGAUUCCAGAGGAGGGCAAGGUGACUUCCUUGAGCAUCAGCGCCGACCAGCUGCACCUGCUGAGCUGCUCCCGAGACAACGCCCUCAAAGUCAUCGAUCUACGCAUGCACAACGUCCGGCAGGUGUUCAGGGCCGAAGGAUUCAAGUGCGGCUCCGACUGGACCAAGGCCGUGUUCAGCCCGGACAAGAGCUACGCCUUGGUGGGUUCUGCCGACGGCACCCUCUUCCUCUGGAACAUCGAGACGGGCCAUCUGGAGAGCAGCUUGGCAGCGGUUCACGGGUCUUCAGUGAACGCGGUGGCCUGGUCUCCCUCCGGGCUGUACAUUGGAAGCGUGGACCAGUGUCGGAAGUUGGUCCUGUGGACGUAGCCCCCGUCCUGGGGUCGGGUGGUGAAGGACUCCUCUGUGGCCGCCCCGUCCUUCUCUGUCCCCCCAUAGUGUGUU